UGCCCUUUGUGUCCCGGGCUGGUUGGUUGGCUGGCGGGCGAGCGGCAGGCAGGAUCCCUGGCUGGGUAAAGGCCCGGCCGUGAGGAGCAGAGUGUCGUGAGGAGCAGCAGCAGGAGGCGCCGUCAUGGUGAAGAAACGGAAACGGGUCCUCGUCGAUUCCGACAGCGAGGAUAGCGGCAGUGAGGAGAACCUGGACCAGGAGCUCUUGUCAUUGGCGAAACGGAAACGUUGUGACUCUGAGGAAAAGGAAACACCUGCUAGUAAACCUACAGCGUCUUCAGAUUCUGAGACAUCAGACAGUGAUGUUGAGUGGACUGUUGGAGGCUCUAAAAACAAAAAGAAAGUGAAAACUGGGAAAGGAGAAAAAAAAGGAGCCAUGAAGAAACAGAUGAACAAAGCAGCCUCAUCAGGCAGCUCUGAUAAAGAAAGCUCUGCAGAGAGCUCAGCACCUGAAGAAGGUGAAGUUUCUGAUUCUGAAAGCAACAGCUCUUGUUCCAGCUCAGACUCUGAUUCAUCAUCAGAAGAUGAGUUCACGGAUGGUUAUGGGGAUGACCUCAUGGGUGAUGAAGAAGACAGAGCUCGUCUAGAACAGAUGACAGAAAAAGAGAGAGAGCAGGAAUUGUUUAACCGGAUAGAGAAGAGAGAGGUUCUAAAGAGAAGAUUUGAAAUUAAGAAGAAACUAAAGACAGCUAAAAAGAAAGAAAAGAAAGAAAAAAAGAAAAAGCAAGAAGAAGAACAAGAGAAGAAAAAACUCACGCAGAUUCAGGAAUCGCAGGUAAUGUCACACAAUAAAGAGCGACGGUCAAAACGAGAUGAAAAAUUGGAUAAGAAAUCCCAGGCUAUGGAAGAAUUGAAAGCUGAAAGGGAGAAACGGAAGAACAGAACAGCUGAGUUGCUGGCAAAGAAGCAACCAUUAAAAACAAGUGAAGUCUAUUCAGAUGAUGAAGAGGAAGAAGAGGAUGAUAAAUCUAGUGAAAAAACUGAUCGUUCAUCCAGGUCUUCAUCUUCUGAUGAAGAAGAAGAAAAAGAAGAAAUUCCUCCAAAAUCGCAACCAGUAUCUUUGCCUGAAGAACUGAACCGUGUUCGAUUAUCACGACACAAACUGGAGCGAUGGUGUCACAUGCCUUUCUUUGCCAAGACAGUCACUGGCUGCUUUGUGCGCAUUGGCAUAGGAAAUCACAAUAGCAAACCGGUUUACAGAGUGGCAGAAAUAACUGGUGUUGUUGAAACUGCCAAGGUUUAUCAGCUUGGGGGUGCCAGGACAAACAAGGGAUUGCAGCUACGGCAUGGUAAUGACCAUCGUGUGUUCCGUUUAGAGUUUGUCUCCAAUCAAGAAUUCACAGAGAGUGAAUUUAUGAAGUGGAAAGAAGCUAUGUUCUCUGCUGGGAUGCAGCUGCCCACGCUAGAUGAGAUAAAUAAGAAGGAAGUGUCCAUUAAAGAAGCCAUCAACUAUAAAUUUAAUGAUCAGGAUAUUGAGGAGAUAGUAAAAGAGAAAGAGAGGUUCCGGAAAGCACCAUCAAAUUAUGCUAUGAAGAAAACACAACUUCUUAAAGAGAAGGCCAUGGCAGAAGACAUGGGGGAUCAGGACAGGGCUAAGCAGAUUCAGGACCAGCUUAAUGAGUUGGAUGAGAGAGCAGAAGCUCUGGAUCGCCAGCGAACAAAAAAUAUUUCAGCCAUCAGUUACAUUAAUCAGAGAAAUAGAGAAUGGAAUAUUGUGGAAUCUGAAAAAGCCUUAGUGGCAGAAAGUCGUAGUAUGAAAAACCAACAGAUGGAUCCCUUUACUAGGCGGCAGUGUAAACCCACAAUAGUUUCUAAUUCCAGAGAUCCCGCUGUCCAAGCUGCUAUCCUUGCCCAGCUAAAUGCAAAAUAUGGAUCGGGUGUAUUGCCAGAUGCUCCAAAGGACAUGACCAAGAGUCAGGGCAAAGACAAAGAUGUGAAUUCAAAAUCGGCCAGUGACCUCUCAGAGGACCUUUUCAAAGUACAUGAUUUUGAUGUAAAGAUUGAUCUCCAGGUUCCCAGCUCAGAGUCCAAAACACUGGCCAUCACCUCCAAAGCUCCCCCCGCAAAAGAUGGUGCUCCCCGACGAUCGCUGAAUUUGGAGGACUACAAAAAACGGCGGGGGCUAAUUUGAGCCCCUUCUCCCUGCUUCUGAUCCUGCAUGCUACAAGAUUUAUUUUCUUCCCUCCCUCUUCCAUUUGCCCUUUUGGAUUGGAGCAGCACUAGAGUUGGGAAGAGACUCUUUAAAUAGUGCCAGCCAUCUGUAAUAUAAACCAUUGACUCUUCACUGUAUAGACCUCCUUUUCUGCCCUUUCUUCUUGCCACCCACAAAUAUGGAUCUGUGCUAUUUUUAGGGGGGUGUUUUUUAAUGCAGCUGUUUGGGGUUAGCUGUGUGUAUUCAGUGUUAACUCGGAGUCCGGAUUUCUGCAGGAACCUAUUGGUGGAAGAAGCAGUGUUGGCACUUGGCUGUCUCACCACCACAAGCAAGGCAAGUCGAAGCAGUGGCACAAGACCUCUUGUGAAGGUCACCUGCACUUUCCCCCGUCUUUUCUUUCUCCCUGACUGCUGGCUCUGGAGAAGGGCAUAUUUACAAACUGGUUUAGUUGGAAGUGUACAUUUUUGUGGGAAUGGGCGGGUUGUGACAAUUUUUUCCAGGUAGUUUUUUUUAAUCAUUUUUAACCGGCAGUAAAUUUGUAUCUGUCUAUCACAGUUCUUUAAAGCUGUCUUGGAUUUCUACCAGCUACAUUUUAGCAUCUGAAACAGCAGAGGAAACUUAGUAAAUGUUUUUUGUUAAAAAAAAAAAAAAACCUACACACACAACAAAAGCCUGACUGACGUUUACUAUGUAACCUCUCAUAUAUGUAUUUCAUCUUCCCUCUUCUGGUAAAACCAGUUCAUCCUCCUUGACUGCUUAGAUAUUUCUCUCCUUCCUCAACAGUAUCUAUGGAAUACUUUGUUUUGUUCUGCCUCAUUAUCGCCUGAUCUUUUCCAGACCUAAACUUUAUUGUUAUAAUUAUGAUUUUCUUCCUAUUUUAAUUUCCGGUUUAUGAAAUCUUAUUUUCUAAAUGGGAAGGAUACAGUAUAAAUAACAAACUGUAAAAGAGCAGUUCUUUGACCCUAUAUGUAACUGGUACAACAUGUGCAGUUCAACUCUAGCACAAGGAUUGUAUGUAUGGAAUGUUUGAAUAGGAACAAGAUGACUGCUUGAUAAUCACUCAGGUGUAAAGAUCAAAAUGUAAAUAAAUGACAUUUUAUCAAAAAGCUCUUCGAAAUGAGCUGCAGUGGAUUAUAAUGAACUGAGAACUACAUACAGCGGUAACACCAGGUAACAAGUGUCAGUGCUGGAAAGUGCUGACUCUGGUUCAGGAAAAAUCUCUCUUUACAACAAAAAGCAAGCCCACAAAAUCUUUGCUUACAUCUGAAUAGGAGUUUGCAUUUUUGGCUGUGAUCUUUGGGAUCCCUCUUGAUGCUUUAACCCUUUUCUUCCUUCCUUAUUUAAGACUAGGGAGACAUAACUGUGUAAAACCUGAUGAAAUGAAAAGGGGAGGUGGUGUAUUCUCCUAAAGUGGGUUUUUGUCAAGUUGUGUGAACUGCGUGGCUUUAUUUACUGGAUAGUCUACAGCUUUGUGGACUAUUUUGUAAAUGUGUAUCAUUUUGUUUUCUGCUUUUUUCUUUUUCUAGCUACUGUUCUCAGACUUUUGCAGACCUUUAUUUACACAUGUACUUCUAAAGUGAAUUUCUAGAUUCUACCAGUGUAUAGCUGUUUGGGAGCCAUCAUGAUAUCCUUUGUAGAUAUGCAUCUCUAUCACUUGAUUUUUGCAAGCAACUUAAUCUGUAGACGCCAGUGUUUCCAAUACCAACAUUUCUAAUGUAGAAAAAUGUAACCACCAACCCCUUGAACGGCUGUGAUUGCUCACCAGUUUCUACAAAGCUGUGACCUAGGAGCAAGGGAAGAGUAGGCAGAGUUUAACUAAUGGUCUAAUGAUCCCACCUAAUUAUAUCAUGGCAGGCUACAACAGAUGUUUGCAACAGAGGUACACAUCCCGAUACUGAACUCCAUAAUCAAAGUACUGAAAACCUCCUUAAAUUGUAAAUAUGUAUCAGUUUCCCCUUUUCUGGUUGGAUUAGAGGAGAUGAUUAAAUCAGAAAAUGGAAUCCUAUUAUGGACAAAAGUGACUGAGAUAACUCUCAUGUAUCUUCUGCUUUGAGCAGAAGCAAUGGAUGGGUCUUAGUCCACCACCUUUUUUUUCACUGAGAAAAACAUAUUGAGAGAGUAUUUUUUUCUCAAAUAGCUAUGAAAUUAAUUGUGUAUGAAGGUGUAACAUUUUCUCCUCUGUAAAUGCAUGUGACUGAGUGAUGACAACAUAGGCUCAUUGGGAGGGAUGGGUUUAUUUGCUUUAAUUCAUUGAUGUCUUGGCAGCAUUUGUUACAAAUGUAUAGACUUCUAUAAAUAAACUUUGGUUGGUUUUAAUAAA